UCUGGACUUGAGAAGAAACAUUUCCAAUUGCAUGCUUAAAGUUAAUGUGCAUCGAUGAGAUCGUGGGCUCUUUGGAAGCUGUACUUUCACAGCCUUUCUCUGAUGAUCUGAUAGUUGAAGAGUGCAUAAUUAAGCAUACCUUGGGAAGUGCAAGCAAAAUCAGAAUCAGUAUAUGAUUAAAACACGCCAAGCAAAGUUUCUGCUCUUCACUAAUAUUUGGCCAUGGAGAAGCUCGAGAAGAAGACUUUAAAGACGCUGGUGCUUAGCAAGUUUGGUUCUGAUUUAACCAAAAUGGCAGAAGAGGGAAAGUUGGAUCCUCUUAUUGGAAGAGAAAAGCAAGUAGAACGAAUCAUUCAAAUUCUCUGCAAAAGAAGAAAAAACAACCCUUGUCUUCUUGGUGAUCCUGGGGUUGGAAAGACUGUUGUAGUUGAAGGGUUCGCAUCAAAAAUCGUUAAUACCAAUGUUCCUCUUAAACUUCAGGGCAAGAAGGUGUUUGCUCUAGACAUGGGGCGUCUGAUUUCUGGUGCCUCUAAUCGGGGAGAGUUUGAGGAGAGACUAACACAAGUGGUGGAUGAAGUGAAGGAAGCUGAUGGAGAUAUAAUUCUCUUCAUUGAUGAAUUGCACACUAUUAUCGGAGCUGGUGCAGGUGGUCAAGCCUUAGAUGCUGCAAAUAUAUUAAAGCCAGCCCUUGCAAGAGGCGAAUUGAAGUGUAUUGGGGCAACUACCAUUCAGGAAUACAGAAAGUACAUUGAGAAAGAUGGAGCAUUAAAGAGACGAUUCCAGGCAGUGGAUGUUCCAGAGCCCUCUGUUGAAGAAGCCAUUGAAAUACUAAGAGGGCUAUGCCCAAAAUAUGAAGCACAUCAUAAUGUCAAAUAUGAAGACGAGGCUUUAGUUACAGCUGUUUCUCUAUCAAAGCAAUACAUGAGUGAUGCCUUUCUCCCAGAUAUGGCAAUAGAUCUGAUUGAUGAAGCUGGUGCAAGGUUUCAACUCUUACAACUGCCACAUUCGCCUCCAACGACAUGGGUGGUGACCAAAAGGAACAUAGAGCAAGUUGUCUCAAUGUGGACAGGGAUUCCAGUAGAGAAAGUGACUGUUCAAGAAGCCCACAGGCUUCUUAACUUGGAGAAAAAACUUAAAAAGCACAUCAUAGGACAGAGAGAAGCUGUUGAAGCUGUAAGUAGAGCCAUUAGACGAGCUAGAGUUGGGAUUAGAGACCCAAAUAAGCCUGUUGCUAGCUUCUUGUUUACUGGACCUACUGGGGUUGGAAAAACUGAACUGGCUAAAGCUUUAGCAUUUGAAUAUUUUGGCUCAAAAGAAGCAAUGAUAAGAUUCGACAUGAGUGAAUAUAUGGAGAAACAUGCAGUAUCUAGGCUUUUUGGCUCACCUCCAGGGUAUAUAGGCUAUGACAAUGGUGGCCAGCUGACAGAAUCAAUUCGCCGUCGAGCUCACUCUCUGAUUCUCUUUGAUGAGAUUGAGAAGGCUCAUAGAGAUGUAUUCAAUGCAUUGCUUCAAGUUUUAGAUGAUGGUAUUAUGACAGAUGGUAAAGGGCAGAAGGUAGAUUUCCUGAACACUAUCAUCAUCUUGACUUCUAAUAUAGGAGGUGGCAGUGUAACUCGCCAUGUAAACCGACUUGGAUUCGAGCAGGUGAAGCAAUUGGUGGCUGAGGAGCUGAAGCAGAAUUUCAGGCCUGAGUUCUUGAAUAGAGUAGACGAAGUGGUAGUGUUUAAGCAGCUAAUGAAGAGCCAGCUGAAAGAGAUUGUUGGGAUUAUGAUGAAAGAUUUGCAUGAAAGGCUGAUGAAGGCCAUGAAUGUAAAGCUUCAGGUGACUGAGAGAUUGAUGGAUAUGGUGAUUGCUGAAGCUGAAAAUCCCAGUUAUGGAGCUAGGCCAUUGAAGAGGGCGAUUGUGAGGAUUUUGGAAGACAAUUUGGCUGAGAGGAUAUUACAUGGAGCUAUAAAAGAAGGCGAUUUAGUCUUUGUGGACAUUGAUCCCAUGGGAGAAGUAUUUAUUUUGAGCAAUUCUUGAAGAAUAUACUAAUCAUUUUAUAUAAAUGAUUGCAUGAUAAAAUUUCUCAGUUAUAAAUUGUAAUAAGGCAUAAGUUUUUAUUAGUAAUUGAAUUUAUCAUAUUUUAUAUUAUA